GGGCGCAGCAGCUGCCCCCUUGUCCUGCUGGCUGGCGCAGGGCAAUGUGCCAUUCUGCACAGCCCCUGGCAGGCUGGCCUAGUCACUAUGUGUGCGUACAGCACCUAGCGCAGCGGGGCCCCGCUCCUGACUGGGGCUCCCAAUAUCAGUAUCUCUGCCUGGAGAACAGCCCCUUUCACGCCCUGCCUGCCACGGGCUCUGCUGUGAGCAUCAGCAGCCCUCACCCCAGCCCCUGCAGCGCCAGCUCCCUGUACCCCACUCCCAGCCCUCAACGGCUGUGGGGGGUCCUGCACCGUAACAUGCCCGCCAGAACCCUGCUCACUGCCCUGGGAUGUCACGCUGCUACUGACUCCCACCGCUCCACCUGCACGGGGCACCCACCCUCGUCCAUUUCACGCUGCCAGCCGGUCGUGGGGCACCCACCCUCGUCCAUUUCACGCUGCCAGUCGGUCGUGGGGCACCCACCCUCGUCCAUUUCACGCUGCCAGUCGGUCGUGGGGCACCCACCCUCGUCCAUUUCACACUGCCAGUCGGUCGUGGGGCACCCACCCUCGUCCAUUUCACACUGCCAGCCGUGGGGCACUGACCCUCGUCCAUUUCACACUGCCAGUCGAUCAUGGGGCACCCACCCUCGUCCAUUUCAUACCUGGGACAAAGGGGGGACUGAACUCGGCUCCUUCCGCUUUGAGAGCGCGAACGACGGUUGCCACAAAACAAUUCUUGGCAGACACAGUGGGGCCAGCUGCUGCCUAUGCCUGUUAGCAGGGGCUUCGAGCCCAGAGAAGCCAGAGACACGGGCACACGCGUGUGCGGGGCACACGCAGACCCCCACCCGCGAGUGUGGGACACACCCAUCCGCACACAGUGCUGCUGGCCAGUUGCCAGCGCUAACCCCCAACACGCUCUCCGAGUCCCGUCGCUUUCCAGGAAGCAGCAGCAGCAGUUUUGCUAAUGAAGCCGUGCUGUGCCGGAACCAGGAGGAGAAGCUGCUCGAUGCCCUGAUGACCAACUACAACCGCAACUUGCGCCCGGCCCAGGGGGAGGGCGACAUCAUUAACGUCACGCUGAAGCUGACCCUCACCAAUCUCAUCUCCCUGAACGAGCGGGAAGAGACCCUCACCACCAACAUCUGGAUUGAGAUGAAAUGGUGCGAUUAUCGGCUGCAGUGGGAUCCUGACGAAUACAACAACAUCCAGUUACUGAGGGUGCCCUCCACCGAGGUGUGGCUGCCAGAUAUCGUCCUGGAGAACAACAUCGACGGGGUGUUUGAGAUCACCCUGUACUGCAACACGCUGCUGGAAUCCAAUGGCUGCCUCCUGUGGAUGCCGCCCGCCAUCUACCGCACCUCCUGCGCCAUCUUUGUCACCUACUUCCCCUUCGACUGGCAGAACUGCUCCAUGGUGUUCCAGUCACAGACCUACAGCGCCAAUGAAAUUAACCUGCUGCUAACGGAGGAAGAUGGGCAGACCAUUGAGUGGAUCGUCAUCGACCCCGAAGCUUUCACAGAGAACGGGGAGUGGGCGAUCAAGCACCGGCCAGCCAAGAAGAUCGUGAACGCCGAGCGCUUCACCCCGGACGACUUGGGUUACCAGCAGGUCGUCUUCUACCUGAUCAUCCAGAGGAAACCGCUCUUCUACGUCAUCAACAUCAUAGUGCCCUGCGUGCUCAUCUCCUCCGUGGCCGUGGUGGUGUAUUUCCUGCCGGCCAAAGCGGGCGGCCAGAAGUGCACAGUCUCCAUAAACGUCCUCCUGGCCCAGACAGUCUUCCUCUUUCUGAUCGCACAGAAGGUGCCCGAGACCUCUGACGCCAUGCCGCUCAUUGGCAAGUACCUGACCUUUCUCCUGGUGGUGACGGUGGUGAUCGUGGCGAACGCCGUCAUCGUGCUGAACGUCUCGCUGAGGACACCCAACACGCACGCCAUGUCGCAGAAAGUGCGGCAGAUCUGCCUGCGGCGGCUGCCCCACUUCCUGGGGAUGCACAUGCGCCGCAGCGACAUGGCCCCCGGCCCGCUGCUGGCACGGCGCCGCAGCUCUCUGGGGCUGAUGGUGAAGGCUGACGAGUACAUGCUGUGGAAGGCCCGGACCGAGCUGAUCUUUGAGAAGCAGAAGGAGAGGGCCGGGCUGAUGAAGGCUGUCCUGGAAAAGAUCGGGAGAGGCCUGGAAAACGGGUGCACCCAGGAUCUCUGUCACAGCUUGGUGCAGGCUGGUCCCGAGAUCCGGGCCUGCGUGGACGCCUGCAACCACAUUGCCAAGACGCUGCGGGAGCAGAACGACUUCGACAAUGAGAACGAGGAGUGGAUCCUGGUGGGGAGAGUCAUCGACCGCGUCUGCUUCUUGGUCAUGGCCUCGCUCUUCAUCCUGGGGACGGUCAGCAUCUUCCUGAUGGCCCAUUUCAACCAGGCGCCAGCAGCGCCCUUUCCUGGGGACCCCAAGCGCUACCUGCCGUAGCAACCCGCUUGGGGUGGGCGAGCCCAGGACGUCUGCACAAGAGUCUCCCCCCAUGGGCUCCAUGCCCGAAGGCACCGUGUCCCAGGCGGGGCUCACAGAGCUGCUGCAGGGCGGAGCCUGCGGCUGGAUCCUUCAGCCGGGGCUGCUUGUGGAAGCCGCAGACGGAAAUGACCCGGACCACGGGGAGAGAUGGCAGCCAAACCAGAGAGUCCGGAGCCCUCCGUGCCUGCGCUGUGCCCAGCUGCGCCUCUUGCUUGCCUCGUUUACAUGUAAGGGGCAAGUGAGCUGAAGGGCGCUGGCUGAAUCUGGGCCCCCCCAAACACUGUAGCUGGCAGCUCUGGCACCCCAAGGGACAAGGAGCCUGUCUGCCCCCUGGGGAGCUACGUGGCGACGGCCCAGCAAGGGGAGUGGGGCAGGCUCGCAUGGGUUUGGCGGGAGAUCUCGGGCAGCCGCGUGUGUUUCAUGUGAGCCAGGCGUCGGAGUAAAUACGACCGCAUUUCCAAA